AUGCCCCGUCACGCCCACCACGACCCGGCCCCGCCCGCCUGCUGCUCCUGCUGCUGCGGAUGCGCGGGCGUGGCGCCGUGCUACUACCCGGCACCCGCGCCGGCCCCGCCCUGCUCCGCCGCGUCCGACCAACUCCUCCACGCCAUCGCCGCCCACCUCCUCCUCAGCACCCCGGCGCCUGCUCAGCCGCAGCCCCAGCCACAGCCCCAGCCGCCACCGCCGCCGCCGCCUCCCGCCGCGCACCACGCGAUGAAUCCCUAUCCGUAUCCGUAUCCGCACCCCCAGCAGUACCAGCAGCAGGAAGCCAAGCCCCAUGCCUACACCCAUCCACCGCCGCCGCAGCACCUGAAGCCCAAUCCAUCCGGCGACCACGGCCACCUCCUGCUCCACUCGCUCCUGCGUCGGGUGUCCGCGAUAGAAUCCGCCCUUCCCCGCUGCUUCGCCGCCCCUGCUCCCGCGCGCCGACCGCCCCACCCGAACUCUCGCCCGCGCCGCGCGGCCCGCUACCAGGAGGAGGAGGAGCAAGAGGUGGAGGAGGGAGACGAGUCGGAACCGGAAUCGCCGCCCUCGCCUCCUCCGCCGCGGCCGCGGCGACCGGCGCGCACGGGGCCGCCACCCUCCGCGGCGAGUGACCGCGCGGCGCGGACGAUCCAGGCCCACUUCCGCCGCUUCCUGGCGCGGCGCUCCCGGACGCUGCGCCAGCUCAAGGAGCUCGCCGUGCUCCGGUCAAAGGCCGCGGCGAUCCGGGGGUCGCUCUCCGGCCGCCGCGGGGGCGCCGACCCCGCCGCCGUCUCAGAGGCGGCCAUGGGCCUCCUCCUCUGGCUCGACGCUAUCCAGGGAGGGGACCCGAUGAUCCGGGAGGGCAAGCGCGCGGUGAGCCGGGAGCUCACCCGGAUCUUGGAGUUCGUUGACAAGGUGCUGAUCAAAGAGCAGCAGCAGAUGGUGAUGGCCGACGAGUACCAUGACGGCUGCAAUGCUGCAUUGGUGGCAGGUCGCCCGUCUGUGAGCAAGAAGGUGAGUUUCUCCGGUAAUGGUCAGGUUCACACGAUCAAUGAAAAGACAGAGAAAGGAAAUGAAGUUGAUCAGGGCUCUGAAGGCUCCAGCUCUGCUGAGUCUGAUGAGGUGAAGCCUAGCAAGAGAAGUGCCUAUGUUAAGCCUGGUCUUGCAGCACCAAUACCUGUGCACAUGGAGUCGAGGCCGGUUGCGGGUGAAAGAAGAUAA